AUGCCUGGCGGGGCCGCCAAGGUGGCUGCCAGGAGUUCAAACAAGGCGUUUUGCUUAGACGGGGCACAUCUGCGGGGCUCGUGGAACGGUGUCAUCCUGACGAUCACCACUACGGACGCCAACAACAACAUCAACCUGUGCGCGUUCGCGGUGGUCCGCGAGGAGAACGCAAAGUCCUACGAGUACUUGCUCGGGAAGGCUAUGGGCAGCAAGCGGAUGAAGAAGUUUCUCAACGCGACAACGACGACCUGCUUCACGGACAACGACAAGGGUGCCGAUGCCGCCAUGAACAAGCUCGCCCCGCUGACGGAGGUCCGGCACUGCCUAGAGCACAUCCUCAGAAGUUGCCGCAUAUGGGUCAAGCACGGCAAGACACACGCGUACGAAGCCGCGAAGAGUUCAACAGAGCCGGAAUUCCUCGCCUGCAUGGAAUGUUUACACGACAUUUCACCGACUGCGCACGACAAGUUGGACGCCAUUCCUCACGAGCGCUGGGCGUACUACGCAGGCCGGCAGAAUGUGUGCUGGCUCCAGGUCAACAGCAACCCGGCGGAGUCCAUGAACAAGACGCUCCUGGAGCUGCGAGGGAAGCCCAUCUUCGAUUUGGUGCAUGGCUGCAUCAUGUUGAUCGCCAAGCGCCUCUUCGACGCCAGUGAGCUCAAGAAAGAUGACCAAAGCCAGGUGCACACCCCAUUUGCGACGGCCCACUUCGACGAGGCAUCCCGGACCUCCCGCAAGCACAAUGCCUCACCUCUCGGCGGUGGCAAGUGGUUUGUAACGGACACCAAGACAGGCGCCACACAUGGGCACAAGGCGUCCAUCAAGUGGGCCUCCAGCCAAUCCCGAGGCCCUCCCGAGAUGGACUGCACCUGCGGCGUCCCAAAGAAGAUGCAGCUGCCAUGCAGCCACUUGUUGGCAGUGGCGAAAGCCCAAAAGAAGACAAAGCGGACCCUCUCACUGAUCAACAAGAACUUCGAGAUGAAGGCAUACCGCGAUCUGGCCUCUGCUCACCCGGUGGAUCUACCAGCAUCGAGCUCGCUCGAGAAGGACUCGAGCAAGAAGGGACCGAAGAUGGUAAAGCGCCCCGGUGCAAAGAGUCCUACCCCAACCAGGCGCAUCCUUAAACGCGUCAGGUCGAAGGGGGAAGAGCCAGCUCGCAGGAAGAAGAGGACCAGAACAAGAAAGUGAUGACUUGGGUGCUCACACCCGAGAUGCAGUAGCUCUGCAUUUGUGUCUGGCUCCGACCAAAUCCCUCAAGAACUUUGCAUGGGCGCGUCGGCCGGUAAUUGAUCGUGAGCCGAUACACCCUCUUGUAUGUCUUUCACACAGGGUUAUACCGCUGCCGUGAUGAGGCGUGUUGAGACUUACCUCGGAGUUUCGUGUCGAGUUCGUUUGCUGUGGCUUGAACGUGCUGUUGCGUGUUGACUCCUUGUUUCAAGGCGCGUGGACUGAUGCGACGGAGACCUUGCAACUUAAUGUUUGAGUACAUAUGUUUCAUCCGGGAAACAAAUCUUCCAGAGUCAAACGGUGGGCUAUAUUGGCUGCGUAAUAUUUACUGAAGUACGCAGCACCCUUCCUUCUGGAUGAACUCGCCAGAAAGUAUGGGUCGUAUUCUCAGGUAGAGCAUGCGUGUUUUGCGCCAAUCUUACAGGCGUGUGGUCAGUUACACCCCAGGCAGCGAUACAGUAUACUGCGAGGGGGGUGUCUGCCCCCAAACACGACGGCAUGUGAGUUCGUCGUGUCCACAUGUCGCAUCUCCUACACCAACUCUCGCAGCAAAAUGCGUAUGGUCUCGCAACCAUCGACCAAAAAUGGCAGUGAUCUAAGAAAUGACAUUGAUCCAGAGUGCUACCGCAUUAUCUUGCGGCCUAUUCCGUUCGCUGAACAAACCGCAGCAUCUUCGGGUCCAUUCGAGUGGUAUCUUUUUAGGUAAGUUAGCCUGUGACCACGGGAAUCGGAAGAAGGUUGCUGCCGGUUAGAGAGACCGGAACGGUUUUUAGUACAUACAGCUUUUUGUGACAACCACAUAUUCCCUUCCCACCCCUGUCUGCUGGAGUCCACACGGCACAAAACGAACACCAGCAUGGUGACCGGUCGCCCCGGUGGUCUAGUUGGUAUCCGCGAAACCUUCUAGAGGUCACAGGUCAGGGGUUCGAAUCCCGGCGUAAGCGAGCUUUUCUUGCAAAGUGAGUUUUUCUCUCGCUUCCGCUCCUGGUCUAGUGGAUAGCGCUAGUUCGUGUGUACACAGAGGGAAGAGAGUGCUGAACUCUUCUAGCAUUAAAAAUUGAAGGCAAAGUACCGCAGGGGGGGAGGGUAGAGAGAAGCUCUUCUGUGUGACCACGGGUCGGAAUAAACGGCACUAGUGCUGUGAGCGCUGAUUUGAAGUG